AGCGCAAAGUUUAAAUCUGGGCCUAUGUGGGAUUAAACUACACGAAGUUCGGGUUUUUAGAUGGGAUGAGACUAUGAUACAUAGACAACUUUUGAGCGAUACUGCAGUGACUUUAAAGACUUAUGCAUUUGAUAGGGUUAAAAGAGGAUUGUAAAUUAUUGUUAUGAAUUAGUAUUUGGGUCAGGAGUUAGGGUUAGGAUAAGCUAAAUGCCGAAAUGGUAUUUAACUACAUGAAUAAACGAACUCCUGGUAAAAGGUGAAGUCUUACUGUCCUUAAUUUCAUUGGUUUGUCCAUAGAUUAUACCCUUGUCUCAGAUUGUUUUAGUUUUGCUUAUGUAUUUAUUGAAUGCUUUAACCGUUUAGUGUAAUCUCAUUCUGGGUAGUUUUUGAAUUGUCGACUCGCUUGUUCUUUCUUCGUCCACGCUCCUUUUCAUGCUAGCGGAGUCUGAAAAUUUAACUCAUGUGGAUGCUGAAAGCCGUCCGUAAAUCGUCUGUAGUUGGUUUUGUCUUUUGGAAUUUUUUCCACUAAAACUCGUAAGCCGACUUUAUUAAUUAUUAAGCUGACUAUUAAUUCAGCAAUAAUGUAUGCAGUGAUACUGUAACCUAUGGACGACCUUUGAGCGACGCUAAAGUGACCUUGAGGGUGUCUACCUACUUACUAGGGCUAAAUGAGGGUUAUAAAACAGUUUAAAGAGUAAGGAUUAUGAUUCACAGUUGAUGGUUAGAUUUAGUAAAUAGAUUUGCUGUUUUCUAUUAUGAAUUGACAUGCCAAAAUCCAAGACCUGUUAUCCUAAAUCUGGUUGGUUCGUCCAUUAAUUAUAGUCUUACCGAGUAGGGUUUAACCGGUCUAGAGUAAAACAAAUGGAUAAAAACACGUUCAAAUAUUGUUUUUCUGGAUAUUAGUUCUUCUGAACCGUGUGAAUGAGUCAUACGGAGUGAAGACUUGUUUAUUUAUUUAUUUUAACACAUAUUGGUUCAAGGAGGCCAUAAAUACAUAUGCGCCACACAAAUCUCAUUUGAUAUGUGUGAGGGAUGUGAUACUGCCCUGGUGCCCAAACCGAAGCAGGUGGUUUUCUUAAGGGGCCACACCCCGAGCCUUUGACCUGAAGAUCUGAUCCACAAGGCAGUGAAGCAUCGUGAGGAGAUGCAGUCCCAUGGUAGCCGGUGACCAAAGAUUGGUUCAUACGCCAUUUGUUCCUUCAGGAUACUGGAGCCCAUGCGCACCAUUGGUUUGGGAUCCGGUUAAAGCGCCGGACAUUCGCUUUUCGUCCUCUCAUUUUCGUAAACAACACCCCCGCCACGAGAAGGCAGUGAGUAGGACUUCCCUGGCAGGGGCUGUAUACGCGUGGCCAUGUGAGAGCAUUUCGAGAGGGAGAGCGGACUCUUCUUACUCUUGGUCGUACCAGGACAUUUGGGAGCGUGAAUACUUGUUAAGUUUCAUAGACAUUUUUGUUUUAGAAAUAAGGCCUAUAAACCCUAAUGGUUUAAAAAUUAUGUUCAGUUAUCACAAAUUGUCUAAAUACAAUCUUUCGGUGACAUUGACGCAACUUAAAUUGUUGGGAAACAGUCAUAUGCAAAUUAAGUUAGGAGAUAUGCAGUUGAUGUAGUUGCUCCUGUUUUAAGGUAUUCUACAUAAAUCGCUGUUCGCAAAUACAACUCUUCACUUGUGUGUUCCUCGGAGAUGAAACCUGGGAUGUGAAUAGAAGUGAAGUCAUGUUUAACUAUGUCUACUAACAUGCUAGUUAUCCUGCAUACAUGUUUGCAUGUUGGGAAAAUAUUUGAAGUUAUUGGUACUCUGAAAUCACAGAUCUUAUGUGAAUUUCGACAGGACUGUAUACCAGAGAUUCCGGAAGUAAUGUUUAGUCAGUUUACCCAUGAAAAUUAAUCAAUUUAUCCUGUGAACUAUAAUUGUACUAUUAAGUCCUCUAAUUUGUCACUUUAACUAAUGAAUCUUUCGAAAUGCAGAUUAUAAUGGCAUUGAUAGAACGAAUGAGCAUUCUUGGAAUUCGAAGUUUUGGACAGGAAACACCUCAAAAAAUUGAGUUUUUUACACCUGUCACUUUAAUUCUUGGUCAGAAUGGAACGGGAAAAACGACUGUCAUCGAGUGUUUGAAAUAUUCAGCAACUGGAGAACUACCUCCUGGAUCGAAAACUGGGUGUUCAUUUAUCCAUGAUCCUAGAAUAGCACAAGAAAGUGAAGUGAAAGCCAAAGUUACUCUUCAAAUUCGUGAUGUUAAAGGUUGUCCUAUGGUUGUUUCACGAGCACUUAUGGCAACACAGCGUGAUAAAACAAAGCAAGGGACUUUAAAAACUCUGGAUGGAUCAAUAAAACGUCAGUACCCAGACGGACGUGUCACAAGUGUCAGCCUACGAUGUACUGACCUAGAUCAGGAAAUGGUUACAAGUUUGGGGGUGUCAAAAGCUGUCUUGGAAAAUGUUAUCUUUUGUCACCAAGAAGAUUCUAACUGGCCUUUACAAGAAGCGAAAUCGGUUAAACAACGUUUCGACGAUUUAUUUGCUUCAUCACGUUAUGUGAAAGCACUGGAUGCCAUUCGGAAGUGUAAACAAGACAAUGAUAGUAAUGUUAAAUUAUAUAAAACUGAGUUAAAACAUUUAACCAAAAAUCGUGAUGAAGCUUUGAAACUUCGUUCUGAACGAGAAGAAACACUUCAUUCAAUUGAAAAACAGGAAAAAAAUCUAGAAGAAAUGUCUGCAAAGCUUCAACCUGUCGUUGAACAACUCAACCGUUAUAAAGAGCGCUACGCAGAACUAACAAAACUACAAGCUGAAAUCAAGUCUUGUGAAGCUGAACGUGCUCAUUUAACAGAUACAAUAAGGAAUUUAAUGUUAAACAUAGAGAACGAGUAUCAAGGAAGUGAUGAAGAAUUAAAGCAUUUGAUUGAAGAUGCUGAGACAGAAUACGAAAAGAAAAAUUUUCUGUUGAAUCAAUCUGAAAAUAUGUUACAAAGAAAACGUAAAGAGUUAAAUACUUUAGAAACGAAUCAAACAAAAACUAUUGUCGAGAAGACACAAAUUGAAAUGGAGGUUAAGCAUUUGAAUGAAGCAAUAAUCAAUCGUGAUAUGAUCUUAGCCUCAAUUGUUACAAAUUAUAUUCCCGGUGAUAAGUAUGCAAAUGUAAAGCAAUUCACCGAUGUGGAUGUGGAGUAUAUUGUGCAGUUUGUUGAUGGAUUACUACAUGAAUAUGAAAAUCAAUUAACAGAAGUGAAGCUGCUAUCGGCUAAUGAAGAGAGGAAAGCUCAAACUGAUGUUGAUGUUGUUCGAGAUGAAUUGGCUGCUCUAAAACAAAAAAUACAAACUCUAAAACGUAAUUAUAAUCAACGAUCAUGUGAAAUGAUUAGUGUUGAAAAACGCUUGGAAAAUGAAAAUUCAUUAAAUGAACGUAUUGAAAAAGUGAGAGAUGAAUUUCAUAAAUCUGAAAUCACCAUUAAAGAUUUGAAUACGGAUCAUGAAUUGAACAACUUAAAUCAAUCCAUAACAGAAUCGUUGGGAAAGAAAAAGGAACUGGAACAUAAUAUCAGUUUAUUAGAUGAAAAAAUUGCUAAAUUUCAAAAAUGUGCCAGUAAGUAUCGUGAAUUAGAACUCAUGCAGAAAGAACGAGCGAAUAAACUUGAAGGGAUUCGCAAAAUACGAAGUCGUCAUGCUGAAGCAUUGGAACAAGUUUUCGCUGGCUCUGUGAUUCCUUUUGUAGCUACAGAAAAAUCACUUGAAGAACAAGCGAAUCCUAAUAAUAUUCGAUCGUUUAUUAAUGACCAAACACGUUUAAAGGUUGUGUUCUCUAAACGACUUAAUGAAUUGGAACAGUCUACUAGAGAGACAAGAAAACAGUUGGCUAAAAUUGAGCAAGAGCGCUCAUCGCUUGAAGCUACUUCUAAAUUUACCAGAAAUCAUCUACAAGAAAAACGAGAUCAACUAAAAAUAUUAGAAGGAAAGCUUUUAUCUGUACCUGGAGCAGAUGAUCUCGAACAAACUCUUAUUAAUCUUCAAGAUAGACGUGGCUCUUUAGAGGAAGAAUAUGCAAACGAACAAGGAAGUGUAUUUUUGUGGUGUAAAUUUCGUGAUCGAUUGUCUCGUGUAGAUUCUGAUUGUCCAGUAUGUCAUCGAUGCUUUGACAGUGAUGCAGAACGUGAUGAAUUAUUAAAUGAAAUUGAUAACCGAAUAAAAACGUUACCUUCUGAAUUUGAACGUAAAAAACAAGAAUUGAAAGAAAUAGUUUCACGUCUUGAAUCAUUGGUUGAAUUACGUCCCAUAAGUUUAGAGAUCAAAAAUAUACAUGAGGAAAUAAUCCCUGCUCUAGAGUUGAAAAUUAAAGCUGAAUUAGAUAAACUCGCUGAUGUACGCAGUCAACGAGAUAAGACAAGCGCUCUACUUGAAACAUAUCAAGCAGAUGAAUCUUUAGCAAAAACAGUACAAGGUGAUUUAGCAAUAUUAGAACGCUUAGAAAAUGAAUCUUAUGAAUUAACCGUUAAAAUUAAUCAAUUCAAAUAUGAAUUUACAGAUAUAACAACAGCUGAUUCUCAAUUAAUUGAUGUGUUGCAAGAGGAACGAAAGUCGUUACGUGAGGCAUUACUAACAAUUUCUGAAACUAUUGAGCAGAAACAAAAGCGUGUUGAUCAGUUGAACCAGGCUCAACGUGAAGCUGUCAGUGAAAUGCAUAGACUUAAAGAUCAAAUGCAUAAGUUGCAACAAGAAAAUUUAGAUAAUGUUCAACUGAAGAAUGAUCUUUCUCGUCUAACUCGUGACUGUGAAACUUUGAAAAAAGAACUAUCUGAAUUAGAAUCUGAGCAACUUCCAACUGUUCAUCGUCGAUGGACUGAAGCAUGCGAUGAACGCAGUCGUAUUACUAAGAUCCGUGAAGAAAAUAUUGAACAAGCUGCUACAAAGGUUAAUGAAAUUGGUGAAAAACUGAGGAAGUUGACUGACGCAUGUACUUCGGUCAAAUUUGCAUUCAAUUCCCAACCCUUAGAACGAUUGAAGGUGAUUCUUGAAACUGUAGAAGAACUUCAAAAGAACUUAUCUCUUGUCAAAUCUGAGGCUGACACCUGUAGUCAAAAUAUCGAACUCUUAAAAAAACAAAUCAACGAACAUAAAAUGCGUCAGCGAGAAUUGGCGGAUUGUGUCCAAGUUCGUCAACUACGUUGUCAACUUAACUUUCUCACAGAACGAACAGAAUCUCUUGCCAAAAAUCAAAUGAUUUGUGAUAAUAUUCCUUUAUCAGAUCAGGAUUUAAUUAACGAAACUAAUCGUUUAUCAUUAGAAGAGGAAAAACUUCAUUCACUUAAACAAGACAUAUCCAAUCAAUUAAGUGAAUUAAACACAAAACUCUGUUAUCUUAAUCGUGAUUUGAAUGAAAAAUACACCAACGCUGACUGUGAAUAUCGUGAUAUGAUGUAUCAGCUUAAAACUUCAGAAUUAGCUUGUUCGGAUUUGGAACGAUAUUAUAAGGCAUUAGACAGAGCGAUAAUGUCUUAUCAUGCUGUUAAAAUGGCUGAUCUAAAUAAAAUUAUCCGAGAAUUAUGGCGCAGCACAUACCGUGGCAAUGACAUCGAUUACAUUGAGAUAUGUAGCGAAGAAGAUACAGCUGCUGCUUUGAAUGUUUGCAGAACGCGAAGAACUUAUAAUUACCGUGUGGUUAUGGUGAAGACAACAACAGGAAGCAUGUCAGUUUCUCGGCCGAAGUCAAAAAACAACACUUCAUGCAAUAACGAAGCCCGUUUAGAUAUGCGUGGGCGUUGUUCAGCUGGGCAAAAAGUUCUAGCCAGUUUAAUCAUCCGUUUAGCAUUGGCUGAGGUAUUUUGCCUACAUUGUGGAGUACUUGCUCUCGAUGAACCAACGACAAACCUCGACCGAGAAAAUAUUGAAAGUUUAGCUUAUGCUCUGGUAGAGAUUAUAAAAAACAGGAGCCGUCAGAAAAACUUUCAGUUAAUCGUUAUCACACAUGAUGAAGAUUUCGUCGAAUUACUUGGUAGAUCAGACUACGUGGAAAACUUUUUCCUAUUAUCACGUGAUGCACAAGGUUUAUCAGAAAUUAGAAAAGUCCCUAUUGGAGAACAUUUUCAUUAAAAUAUACAUAUUAUUUAUUUAAAUUAUAUAAAUGAUUUAAUGAGAA